UACCCAGAGUGUGUCUGACCCUGUGCUGUCUCCAUCCCUCUGUGUUGCAUCGUAACCAUCAACAUGGCCCCCAAGAAGAAGGAAGAGCCCAAACCAGCAGCUGCACCCAAGCCCCCAGAGCCUGAGCCCCCCAAGGAGCCAGAGUUUAACCCAGCUGAAGUCAAGCUCGAAUUCACUGCUGAGCAGAUUGAAGAUUUCAAGGAUGCGUUCCAACUGUUUGACAGGACGCCAACCAACGAGAUGAAAAUCACCUACGCUCAGUGUGGUGAUCUGAUCCGGGCUCUGGGUCAGAACCCCACCAACGCUGAAGUUAUGCACGUCUUAGGCAAACCCAAAGCUGAAGAUAUGAAUGUGAAGAUGCUGGAUUUUGAUCAGUUCCUGCCCAUGCAUCAACACAUCUGCAAGGCCAAAGACCGCGGCACCUUUGAAGACUUCGUUGAGGGCCUGAGAGUGUUCGACAAAGAGGGCAAUGGAACAGUGAUGGGUGCUGAACUCAGACACGUGCUCGCUACCCUGGGUGAGAAGAUGAAGGAAGACGAGGUUGAGCAGCUGAUGGCUGGGCAGGAGGAUGCGAAUGGCUGUAUAAACUAUGAAGCUUUUGUAAAGCACAUCAUGGCUGGCUGAACAGAUUAUCAAGACACUUCAAAUGAGGAUACAACAUAAUGUCGAUUUUAUUUCAUCGUUGUGCUUUUUUAAAUUAAAACCCAGACAGGUGUUUCCUGCCAUUGGUCCACUGUCCUCACUGUCUUCAACUCUCUCUCAAACGUUCCUUUUUGUGUGGCUCCUCAGUCUGUUACGCCUAAAUGAUUCCAUCAUCAUAACUGUUCGUCAAUAGAAAAAAAGUUUAAUAAAUGUCAUGCUUGGUUUA